AAUCUGACUUUCUACAGAAUGGAACAUUCUUUGUUUGCGUAGGAGAGUUUAGCAGCCUUUCCGUAGCUGAGCCGGACGUUGUCCAUUGACCAAUCACAAUACAGUCCACGAAAUUUGAACGUGCUAGUGCGUCACUUCAGGGAAAGGGGGUUUACUAUCGUGUUUUAGCCACGUUUCCAGCAUGCAGAAGCCUCAGUAUUAGGAUUAGCUUGUUUUUCCAGUCUCUGUGUAAGUCUGUCUAACAACGAAUAUUGACAUUUGACGGAGGUUCACAUCACUUGGUCUACUUGCAGUCUAGAGGCAUGGAGCAGAGUUUCAGUUCUGAUGCUGUUUUUCAGAGCUUAAAAGACCAGCACCCUGGACUAAGUCAUGAUAGUGGAUAUGAAGAAUCACUUCACAGCUCAAAAUUGGGGACAUUGAAAUCAACAUUGGAUACAGGGAAGUCUUUUUCUUUAGAUUGUUCGUUUUCUUGUGAGAGAUCAAAGGAAAAGUUCCCCCAAAACAAUGCACUUAUCGGUAGCACAUCUUCCAACUCCGCAACCCCCAAAAAGGAUAGACUGAGAGUAAAAGACACACAAAGAAGUCCACGGAAAGACACAAGGAAGGAAAAUGCAUUUUCCUCAGGCUGGUGUGAAACUCCGAAAACGCAUAAAAAGGAUGCUUCGCUGCGAAGACGCCUCCUCAUGUCCAGAGCUGCAACAGAUGAGAACCUGGAAAACUCAAAGGUGUCCGACAGCAGGCUCAGCUCGUCUUCAGAUGCUCCCAGUUUUGCGUAUGAUUCUAGUGGAAGCUUCGAUUCCCCAGACCCCAGGUUCGAAGCCUUGGUCACUAGCACUUUGAAAAACGACGAAGUAUUUUUGUCCUGCAGGAAGAGACGUCUUCUGUUCUCUCAGGUAAAAACCUCAACCCAUGAAGAUGGGAAGAAUGAAGCUCCCCCACCUUCGGCCUCUGAGGCAGAGGUUACCGAGCUCCUUGCAGCUCAGGGAGACUUCAAUGAGAGUAUCAUCUCCUCCUUCCUUCACGACUUGGCCCCGGAGUUGCUUGAGACUCCACGUCAAACUAGGUUCACAUCUUCCACAAAGGAAAACUUCCAAACUCCGGCACGCAACCUUGCUGCUAACCUAUGCAAUGAAUUGGGCGUCUUGAGCACACCCUCCCUCACGCCAAUAUCCAAGCUCGACACGUCGGCUUCUGAGGACAGUGGCUUCAAGUCUCUGGGUCUGGAUAAGUCCCAGGAUCCCUCUGUGGAUCACGACGGCUCUUUCCAGGAGUUGUCGCUACCACUGACUACCAGAGGUAAGGAAACCCCAAGGGUUGCAGAGGCCAGGAAGAGGUCCAGACUGGAACGUCAGAGAAGGCUCUCCACUCUUAAAGAAGGGGGAUCCCAGUCUGAGGAGGACAGCCGGCCUGUGCAGUCUGCCUGCAGCCAUGGCAAGCUCCAGCUCGGGGGACAGGAGACUCGGACCGCAGAGGAAGAUGAUGAACUCUUUCUGGAGAAGACUCCGCUUGGGCGCACCACCGUAAAGCUUGAGGACCUCUCUUUAACACCGGCCCUGCAGUUGGUGCAGGCCAUGUGCCGGCGCAAUGCCAGGAGGGUGUCGGAGCAGAGCAGCCUGGAGGAGUUGCUGAGUGCCAAGUCUUUCAGGACCACCUUGCCUUUAGCUGGGCUCAUAGGACGAAAGAUGGGGCUGGGCCAACUGGAUAUCCUAUCGGAAUUUAAGAAGAGGAACAUGCGACACAUCCUGGCUAUGAUAUUCAAUUUUCUCUGUCCGGAAGAUAUUUACAGAUUUGGCCAGGUUUCGAAUCUCUGGAAUGAAAUAAUUAUGCAAGAUAAGCUGGCAAAUCGACGGAGAAGAUCGUACUUAAAAGAUCUGAAGAUGGCUCGAGAGCUGGGUGGCGCAGCCCAUGUUCCUGAUGCAGAGACCAGGUUAAUUCUGCCGUGCAGGUCUGCUUUGAAGUCUGUCCAAGCCCAGUCCAGGACGCCCAUCACUUGCACCCCUACUCUGGGAAAUGGCACUUUCACCCCAGUUCAGCACUCCGGACGUUCAGCGAGCAAACAGGACGAGUUCCUGCAGGUCGCAAAAACACUCUUCAUUGACGAGUGUCUGAAACCAUGCCCGAGGUGCCAGCACCCUGCUAGGUGUCACUCCGUCAAGAGAGAGGGCAUAUGCAGCCGUGAGGACUGCGGCUUCCAGUUCUGCACCGGCUGCCUGUGUGCUUACCAUGGGUCCAAAGAGUGUGGCGGCUGGUCUGUCAACCGGAGCAGCAAGAAGGAGGCACUGCCUGGGAGUGCCCAGAGCAAGCGCAACAUCCGGCGGCUGUGAACGUGUGCGUGCGUGUGCGUGCGUGUGCGUGCGUGUGCGUGCGUGUGCGUGCGUGUGCGUGCGUGUGCGUGCGUGUGCGUGCGUGUGUGUGCGUGUGAACGCGUGUGUGUGCGCGUGUGUGUGCGUGUGCACGCAAGACUGCGUGCUUAUGUUUGGAUUUAUGACUUUAUACCAUUUUUACUGUUGGGCCUUUAUACGUUUUAAAUUAUGUAUCAGGGAAAUGUAUUUGGAGUGGGAGCUCCACCAAUCAGUGACCUUAAAUUUGCUGUGAAUGCUCUUACUCCUGCUAGAUGUACAGAAUGUUCCUCUCCAUUAAUUGUACAUAUUGUUUUAAUGUUUUACCUGUAUAGCCAUUUUAUGUAUUCUUUCAAUAAAGUUUGUUUUUAUCCAUGGUU